AUGGCAGAGCUGUGCCGCAUGGAUUCCACGUUGACGGCUCUGGAUGAGGAGAUGCUUUGGGAUAUGCUGGAGAGUCACCGCUGCAAGAUCGUGCAGAGCAUCUGCCCCAGUCGUCUCACUCCCUACCUGCGCCAGGCCAAGGUGCUGGGCAAGCUGGAUGAGGAGGAAGUCCUCCACAGCCCCCGGUUCACCAACAGCGCCAUGAGAGUCGGACACUUGCUGGAUCUACUGAAGGCCCGAGGGAAGAAUGGGGCCGUGGCCUUUCUGGAAAGCCUGAAGUUCCACAACCCCGACGUCUACACCCUGGUCACUGGGCUGCAGGCCGACAUUGACUUCAGCACCUUCAGCGGUCUCAUGGAGACGUCCAAGCUGACGGAGUGUCUGGCCGGCGCCAUCGGCAGCCUGCAGGAGGAGCUGGCCCAGGAGAAGGCGCAGAAAGAGGCAUUGCUUCGGAGGUGCCAGCAGCUGAAGGAGCACCUGGGUGCGGCCGAGUCCCGCGCAGAGGGUCUGCGCCAGGUGGAGGCCGACCACAGCCGCAUGAAGCGCGAGGUCAGCGCCUACUUCCAUGAGGUCCUGAAGCUGAAGGACGAGAUGCUCAACCUGUCGUUGCACUACAGCAACGCGCUCCGGGAGAAGGAGCUGGCCGCCACGCGCUGCCACAGCCUGCAGGAGGAGCUGUACCUGCUGAAGCAGGAGCUACAACGGGCAAGCCUUGUGUCUUCGUGUGGAUGGGAAUCUCGCGAGAGGUCCCUGAAGAUGGCCAGUGACCUGGAGUCUGAGGGAGAGGAACUGAACCGCCUUAAGGAGGAGAAUGAAAAGCUCCGUUCAAUGACCUUCAGCCUGGUGGAGAAGGACAUUCUGGAACAGAGCCUGGAUGAGGCCCGGGAGAGCAAGCAAGAGCUGGUGGACCGCAUCCACUCUCUGCGGGAGCGCGCGGUGGCCGCGGAGAGGCAACAGAAGCAGUACUGGGAAGAGAAAGAACAGACCCUACUCCAGUUCCGGAAGACCCAGGUGGACUGUGAGCUGUACAGAGAAAAGAUGACCACGCUGCAGGGCCAGGUGGCCGAGCUGCAGAAGGAGCGUGACCAGGCAUACACAGCAAGGGACAGGGCCCAGAUGGAGAUUUCUCAGCGCCUGGUGGAGAAGGAUGCCCUCCGCAGGAGAGUGUUUGAGCUCACGGAGCAGGUCUGCGAGCUGCGAACCCAGCUGCGCAAGCUGCAGGCAGAGCCCCCAGGAGGACCCAAGCAGGAAGGUGGAGCCCGGGAACUCUGCCUUCGGGGCAAGCAGAGGCUUGUACGGAUGCAUGCUGUGUGCCCACCAGAUGACGGCAACUGCAGCCUCCUCAGCUCCACCGAGUCCCGCCUGUGGUGGGACCUGAGUUCCACCUCCAGCCGUGAGCAGAUGGACAGCUUCCGGUCCAGCAGCCCCAUGCCUCCCAGCCAGCAGUCGCUGUACAAGCGGGUGGCAGAGGACUUCCUGGAGGACCCCCAGUCUCUAAGCUUUCCAGAGGGCCUCGAGGUGCACGUCCAAGGGGCUACGGGGGACGACGCAGACACAGACCUGGAGUAUGAGAUGUUGGAUGGAGCAGACCUCUCCCAGGCAGAGGACAGCCUGCAUGAGUCUUCACAGAGCCUGAAUGCCUCAGAAAGCAGCGUCCCCGUGAGGCGGAGGCCAGCCCGCAAGAUCCUAAGCCAGGUCACAGUGCUGGCAUUCCAAGGGGACGCAUUGCUGGAGCAGAUCGGUGUCAUAGGUGGGAACGUCACUGGUAUCUUCAUUCACCGUGUCACCCCUGGCUCCGCAGCCGAUGAGAUGGCCUUGCGCCCUGGCACCCAGAUCAUCAUGGUGGACUAUAAGCCGACUGAGCCAUCAUUGAGGGCCACUCUGGAGAACACAACACUGGAACAGGCUGUAGGCCUUCUCGGGAGGGUGAAUGGUUCCUGCUACCUGUCUGUGAAGAUCAACACUGAAGGUUAUAAGAGCCUAAUCCGUGACCUUGAUGCCAAAGUGGUGACCUCUGGGGACUCGUUCUACAUUCGAGUCAACCUGGCCAUGCAGCGGAGGCAAGAGGGAGAGCUGCACGCGCGCUGCAAUGACAUCCUGCAUGUCACCGACACCAUGUUCCAAGGCCGCGGCUGCUGGCAUGCCCACCACGUGAACCCCUACACCAUGAAAGACAUGGAGCCUGGCACCAUCCCCAACUAUUCACAGGCUCAGCAGCAGCUCUUGGCCUUCCUCCAGGGCAUGACUCAACGGUGCACACUUCCCCGCAAGCCUUCUGGAGGACCACAGAAGUUAGUACGAAUUGUCAGUGUGGACAAGGCCAGUGUCACCCCUCUGUCGCCAUUCUCGGACCAAGGCCAGCUGGAUUCCUGUAGGGAGGAAGGUGGCUCCAGCGCCUGCUUCUGGGCAGAGAGCUGUUUCACCCUGGCACCAUACACCCUGGUGCACCCCCACAGGCCUGCCAGGCCCCGGCCUGUGCUCUUCGUGCCCAGAGUGGUUGGAAAGAUCCUGAGCAAAAAGCUAUGUCUCCUCCAAGGAUUCAAGCGGUGUCCGGCAGAGUACCUGAGCCAGGAGGAGUAUGUCAUGUGGAGCGAGAGAGGGGGCAUCAUCCAGGAGGCGGAGGCCAUCGGUGACCACCACUGGGUCACCCGGCAUGCUGUGGAGUCUCUCAUGAAUACGAGCACCCACGCCCUGCUGGAUGUCCGGCUGGACAGCGUCCCCGUCCUGCACAGAAUGGACAUUUUCCCCAUCAUCAUUCAUGUCUCCGUCAAUGAGAAGGCGGCAAAGAAGCUCAGGAAAGGCCUGCAGCGGCUUGGCGCCACUGAGGAGCAGUUCCUGGAGGCGGCCCGGCAGGAGGAGGGGGAACUGGACAGAGUGCCAUGUCUGUACAGCAGCCUGGCCCCCGACGGCUGGAGCGAUGUGGACGGCCUGCUCAGCUGUGUGCGCCUGGCCAUUGCCGAUGAACAGAAGAAGGUGGUGUGGACGGAGCACAGCCCCUGCUGAAGCCCGGACCUGGCUUAGGACGGUGGGGACCUCCCUGUGCCUGUUAAGGCUGUCAGCAAACAACCCUGCCUCCUCUCUGAUAGGGGCCUGACCUCACAUGCUCACCAGCAAUCACGGUGUAAAUGAAGCUACCUUCACACAGCACGACCUGGGCUUAUGGAGGACCGGUCAACACUCUGCUACGCCGGGGUCCUUCCUGAGACCUGCCCAGGCCAGCGCCCCAACCUCCUGUGAUAAUAGGAAUAGCUUCAUGGGGGCUGUCCCCUCCUUUUACAUUUCCAGUACCAACGGAACCUUGCCAGCUCACUGGAGCUGUCCUCCCUGCCAGGGCAGGGGCACAGACUCU